AUGGAGCUACGUAGUGAAGAGGACAAGUUCAACAAGUAUGCUUUUGCAUGUGCUGUAGUCGCUUCCAUGAUAUCUAUAAUAUUUGGCUAUGAUACGGGUGUUAUGAGUGGAGCCAUGAUAUUCAUAAAGGACGAGCUCAAAAUCAGCGACACCCAGCAAGAAGUUCUAGCAGGAAUCUUAAACCUUUGUGCACUGGUAGGAUCCUUAAUAGCUGGUAGAACCUCUGAUUGCAUUGGUCGACGCUACACAAUUGCGUUAGCCUCUGUCCUUUUCAUGGUUGGUUCAGUUCUAAUGGGAUAUGGCCCAAACUAUGCAAUUUUAAUGUUGGGAAGGUGUGUUGCUGGAAUUGGCGUGGGUUUUGCUCUUUUGAUAGCGCCAGUUUAUUCGGUAGAAAUCUCCUCUGCUAAAUCUAGAGGCUUUCUAUCUUCCCUGCCAGAGCUUUGUAUUGGUAUUGGGAUUUUACUUGGUUACAUUGCUAACUACUUAUUAGGGAAAUUGACUUUGAAGCUUGGAUGGAGAUUGAUGCUAGGUAUUGCAGCAAUCCCUUCACUUGCAUUGGCUAUGGGAAUUCUCACAAUGCCAGAAUCUCCACGGUGGUUGGUGAUGCAAGGGCAUUUAGGAAAAGCCAAGAAGGUUUUAUUGCAAGUUUCAAAUACCGAACAAGAAGCCGAACUUCGCUUCAAGGAUAUAAAAAUUGCUUCUGGGAUUGACGAGAAUUGCCAAGAAGAGACAGUUAAGGUCACUCAAAAGAACCAUGGUGAAGGGGUUUGGAAAGAGUUGCUUGUGAGGCCCUCUAGUUCAGUUCGUUGGAUGCUGAUUGCAGCUGUGGGGAUUCACUUCUUCGAGCAUGCAACUGGAAUAGAAGCUGUGAUGCUAUAUAGUCCAAGAAUCUUCAAAAAAUCAGGUGUUACUAGUAAGGACAAGCUCUUGUUGACCACAAUUGGAGUGGGUCUUACAAAAAUUAUUUUCCUGAUAUUAGCAACAUUUUUGCUUGAUAGAGUUGGAAGAAGACGUCUCUUGCUUAUAAGCACAGGAGGAAUGGUUUGUGGGCUUCUGGUGUUAGGAUUCAGCUUGACCGUGGUGGAUAAUUCCCAAGAAAAGCUUGUGUGGGCCUUGACCCUUAGCAUUGUGGCUACUUAUGCUUUUGUUGCAUUUUUUAAUAUUGGGCUGGGUCCUGUUACAUGGGUCUAUAGUUCAGAGAUUUUUCCUUUGAAGUUGAGAGCACAAGGAGCAAGCAUUGGAGUUGCAGUGAACAGGGUCAUGAAUGCUGCUGUUUCCAUGAGUUUUAUUUCAAUCUACAAAGCAAUCACCAUUGGUGGGAGCUUUUUCAUGUUUGCUGGUAUUUCCAUAUUAGCUUGGUUGUUCUUCUGUUUUUUCCUGCCUGAAACCAAGGGCAGGGCCUUGGAAGAGAUGGAGAUGGUUUUCGGCCAAAAGUCUAGUAGAAAUAAAGCUGCACAAACUGAUCUGAGACAGAAUGCGUAA